AUGGCCAACAUCCUCGACCACAACUUUGAAGACGACGAGGAGGAUGACUUCAACCCGCAGCCCGAGGUCGGUAGUGACGAUGAGGGCGACGCAAAACCGCGAGUUGAGGUCGAAGGAGAGGACGAUGACGACGACCAAGCGCCAGCUGCCAGAUCGCGAGCGGAAACAGACGGCGAUGAUGAGCUAAGGGAGGAAGAUGGAGACGGCAUAAAUGGUGCAGCGGAAGACGAAGACGAUGGUAUUGACAAUGGAAACGACAAUGGCGAUGCUGAAGAAGACGAGGAUAACCAGGACGAGGAAGAAGAGGAAGAGGAUGAGGAUGAUGAGGAGGACCAGGUCUCGCGCAAGCGCAGAAAGACAUCAAAGCGCAAUCAGUUCAUCGAUGUGGAGGCUGAAGUAGAUGAGGACGACGAAGAGGAGCCGGAAGAAGAGGACGACCUACCUGGCGAAGAGAUGCACCCAGAUGACCUGCAAGAGCUUCCUCCCGGGGCUGACCGUGACGACCGCAUGCAUCGCGAGCUUGAUCGGCAACGAGAGGCACAGGAGGCUAUGGAUGUGGAAGAGACGGCGGCUAGACUCAAGGAGAGAUACGGUCGCCAGGCGCGAGGUGCAGGUGCUGGAGCUGCCAUUGUUCCACAACGACUGCUACUGCCCAGUGUCAAUGACCCACGCAUCUGGCGGCUGAAAUGCCGACCUGGCAAGGAACGUGAGAUUGUCUUCUCCAUCCAGCACCGGAUCGUCGAGCGCUCUAAGAGCCGCGAGCCUGUGCAGAUCUACUCUGCCUUCGAACGAAGUGGACCUAUGAGUGGCAGUCUUUAUGUGGAAGCUAUGCGCCAGGACGACAUCAUCUCGUCUCUUGAAGGCAUCACGCACAUCUUCUUCGGCACGAAGCCGCAGAUGAUCCCUGUCGAAGAGAUGCCUGAUCUCCUGAGGACCAGAAAACAAAAGCGCCUCGAGCCGGGCAUGUACGUGAGGCCAAAGCGCGGCCUGUACGCAGGAGAUCUUGCACAGGUCGAUGCAAUUGAGCCGAAUGGUACGGAAGUCUAUCUCAAACUCGUGCCCCGUCUCGAUUACGGUCUGACAGAAGAUGCAAAUGCACCUGUCAUGGAGUCAGAUGGUCAGGGUGGCAUGAAGCGCAAGCGAGUUCAGCGUGCAGUCGGGCAACGCCCAUCAGCUCGCCUUUUCAGCGAGGUCGAGGCCAGGAAGAGGCACACCAGAUACCUCAGCAAGAGUACCCAGAGUCUGAUGCACAACGCCUGGAACUACCAGGGUAAAGAGUACGUGGACGGUUUCUUGAUCGAGCCCUUCAAGAUCGGUACCCUGGAGACGACCAAUGUCAACCCGACUCUCGAGGAAGUCACCAAGUUUGCCGCUGGAAACGACGAUGGCACUGAGAACCUCGACCUCGCAGCUUUGGCCGCCACGCUGAAAACGAGCGCUGGUGCCGACUAUCUCCCGGGUGACAAAGUCCAAAUCUACAAGGGCGAGCAAAAAGGUCUUACUGGUCGUGCUGUGGAAGUCUACGGUGAAGUGGUCAGGAUACGCAUCGGCGAAGGACAACUUCGGGGACAGACCGUGGAAGCACCCAUCCGAGACCUCCGUAAACUGUUUCGAGAGGGUGACCAUGUCAAGGUGAUUGGAGGCAGCAAGUGGCAGGAUGAAGUGGGCAUGGUGGUCAGAACCAAGGACGAUCGCAUAACCAUACUGAAAGACAGCGACCAGACAGAGAUUACUGUCUUCGCCAAGGACUUGCGAGAAGCGACGGACAGCGGUGGCGUAGUCGGCGCCAGCAAGUACGACCUCUUCGACCUGGUACAGCUAGACGCUUCAACUGUUGGAUGCAUCAUCAAGGUCGACCGCGAGAGUCUACGGGUCAUGGACCAGUUUGGCAGCAUCCGGACCGUACUCCCGUCAAGUAUCUCGAACAAGAUUGAGCGUCGGAGAGAUCAAGGUCCUGCAGCAGACCGUGCUGGUAAUGAGAUCAAGGUUGGCGACACGGUGCGUGAGUAUGGCGGAGAGAGUAAGUCGGGUUCUGUGCAGCACGUCCACCGAAGCUACGUCUUCGCGCAGAGCAGGGAGUCAAGAGACAAUGCUGGUGUCUGGGUUGCGCGAUGCGGCAAUGUGGAAAUCGCGGCCGCUAAGGGCGGUCGUGUUGGACCAGAUUUGACCAAGAUGAACACCGCUCUACGCGGCCCCAAUGCUGGAGCCGUGCCCAUGCCACCACCACAACAAAAGGGUAGGGAUAGGCUGAUUGGUAAGACAAUCAAGAUCCGUGCCGGCACCACGAAGGGCAUGAUCGGCAUAGUCAAGGACACCACCGACGACAUGGCCAUCAUCGAGCUCCACGCGAAGAACAAAAAGGUCACGAUAGCCAAGGACAAGCUCGUGGUCGUCGACGCACAAACCGGCCAGACCAUCAACUCUGAUGCGCGAUCAUUCGGCUCUGGACGCGGAGGUGGCCCACCUGGCCGCACACCUAUGAUGGGUGGCCAGACACCAGGCAGAGGAUUCGGCGGCCCACCUGGGGCCAGCUCUGCUCGCACACCAGCGUACGCUAUGGGUGGUGGUAGGACACCGACCUGGAAGCAGGACAGUGGUGCACGCACGCCUGCUUACGCUGGUGGCGGCCAGACUGCAUAUGGUGGCGGAGGCUUCGGCGGUGCUACAGCAUACGGCGGCCAGACAAGCUAUGGUGGAGCCACUAGCUAUGGCGGUGGAAGUGUGUGGGGAGGCGCAGGUGGCAAUCAAUCGACCUGGAACCCCAAUGGCGGCGGCGGCAGAACACCAGCAUACGUGUCUGGAUCCAAGACACCGGCAUACUCGGGUGGAAUGGAAGCACCAACACCAGGCUUCAAUUCUGCUCCAACCCCUGGCAACUAUGGUGAUCAGCCGACCCCCGGUGCGUACAGGGGUGCAGGUGGUCAGUAUCAGACACCAGCUUCAUACAACACACCGGGUGGCUUUCCAGAAACACCGGUUCCGUACUCAGCAGAGACACCCGCAGCACACGACGACGGCCCGAGAUACGAUUAG